AUGGCACUCACCAAAACCAAAAGGGAGACAUUAGGGGUGAUUUUUCUUUGUUUUUCUGUUUGUCUAUUAUCUACGCCAUCCAACGGUGAUGGCCAGCCCACGCCCUAUGAAGUUCUGCAGAGCCACAACCUCCCAAUCGGUCUUCUUCCAAAGGGUGCUCUUGGAUACGAUUUGGACCCCAAUGAUGGUCAGUUUUCGGUUAAUCUAACCAACAUUUGUAACAUAUACGCUGGUGGUUUUAAGAUCAAAUGUAACCCCACAAUCACGGGUGUUAUUUCAACAAAUAACCUUGACAACCUAGAUGGUGUGAGGGUGAAAAUUGCAGUGUUUUGGAUUAAAAUUGAGUGGGCUAAAAGAAAUGGCGACAAUAUCGAGUUCAAGAUUGGCAAUUUUGCCAAAAAAACUUUCCCUGUUAGUGACUUUACAUCUUCUCCUGGAUGUAGCUAG